CAGCCGCUAGCGCAGCCGCAUCCUCCUGCACGGAAGGUUCGAGGCGAUUCAUGAUGGACUCCAGGUCUCGCAGACUUCCUUUUUGCCUAUCUGGCUCAAGGUCCUCCUACUCAACCAGUCCAACAGUGUCCUCAUCUUUGGGCUCCAGCAGGGAGACAGUGCUAAGUAAUGACCGCUUCCCAAGGGUAUCAUCAUCAUCAUUAUCAUCAUCAUCUUCUUCAACAACUUACAAAGCAGACGUGGACAGACAGAGUUCUCGUUUUCUGAGCUCGUCAAGAGAUUACAGCAGUUCUGACUCCCGCAGCCCCAGCUGGAAGCUGCCAUCUCUGGCGUCGUCCAACAGAUCUUACGGGCGCCCGUGGGCUGAGUCAUCUCUCAGCACCAGGAGCAAACUGACGGAUUCUGAUGGGAGAUUUGGGAUCUGCUCGGGGAUUUUGAAUGCCAAUGAUGAUGCUGAUUCUAAAAGGGCCAAACUUUCGUACACCAACAGAGGACUGUACUCAAGAACAGCUGGCACAUCGGUUACAGGAUCCACUUAUUACAAUAAUGGCCUCAGCAGUAGCAGAGGAACAGGUGAAACCAAAAGUAGCUUACUUGAUUCAUCAUGGAGCUCAUGCCGUUUACUGUCGCGACCAUCAUCAUCAUCCUCUUCAAAGCCACUGCUGUCAAGGAGAGAGGAAGAGCCGAAAAAUGAGCCUCGUCUGUCAAAUUUAGGAGAAAGAAGAGUCCGGACUCCUGGAUUGGUUUCAUCAUCGUAUCAAACAGACAGAGUAAUGUCCACAUAUGCACAAGGAGCCCGCCCUAAGGAAACAAGCUACACUCCUUCUUUUUCCUCCUCCACAACGAGAGCAAGCUCACUGAAUCGCCACAUAUCAUCUUCUACUUCUCAGCGGACCUCUCCUUUGGUGCAGGAUUACAGCAGCAGGAAAACAACCCCUUUGAACGGCUCAUCCUCUUUCCACUCAUCUCAUCAACGGGCAGGACAUCCUGACUCCUCCAUUUCCUCCUCCUACUCCUCCCACACCCCCUGGUACUCCUCUUCCCGUGCCAGAUCAGAAGCGGUGCCUCCGAGGGCGGUCCCUGAAAGUGCAGAGCCAGAGGGCCGUACCUCCACGCGGCGCCUUUUGUCCCGUCUCUUUUCCAGACGAUCCAGCCAAGAUUCUUCAAGUGGAUCUUCCAGUUUUCGCUCCCUUGACGAUGACAGUCCAUCAACUAGUGGGGAGUCCGUGGACAGUGAUGAAGGAACCAGGAUAUCAAACGUAGACCCGGACAUUCAAGGCCCAGAGACGACGUUGGGCAGCCUCAGGAGUCAUCGAUCAUACCUCUCUCCUAUCCAGGAAAACAGGGACCGGUAUAGCCGCGGCCCGCCUCGGCCCAGGUUGGCGUUGUGGAGAGAGCCUGGCAGUAGUAAUGGGAGCAGCAGCGGAGGAGGAGGCUCUUCUGGGAUCUCUUCCACUUUCCGUGGCCGCUGCCCUCCCCUCCUCUCUCGCCUCAGAAGACAUGCCAGGGAAGGGAGCGCAAAUUCACCCUCAAGCUCGGGAGAAAGUUCCAGCGAUCCACACCCCUUACUGAGACGGUGGGAUGAGCAUAACGCAUCAAAGGAUGAUGAUUAUGAAGAUGACGAGGAGGAGGAGGAUGAUGAUGAUGAUGACGAAGAGGAGGAGGGAGCAGCUGGUGCUGAGGCAACUGGUCAUGGUUGCAGGCUAGAGGAUGAAACAUUACCUGAACUUGAAGAUGGCUCAAUCACAUACUCACUACGUCGCAGAGUCGGGUUAUUUGAAAAUAUUUCAGGUUCUGUGGGUCCGUUGGGAGGCGUUGAGAGCCAGCUGGAAGGCCCAAAGACCAUUUCCAACAGGGAUCAGGAAAAGCUUCGCAUGAUCAAGGAGAGACUGCUGCUGGAGGAAUCUGAUGAAGAAGAGGGAGACCUGUGCCGAAUUUGCCAGAUGGGGGAGGAGUCUUCUUCCAAUCCCCUGAUCCAGCCUUGCCGCUGUAUGGGCAGUCUGCAGUACGUCCACCAGGACUGCAUCAAGAGAUGGCUUCGCUCCAAAAUUGGCUCGGGCACAAACCUUGAGGCCAUCACAACAUGUGAGCUCUGCAAGGAGAAGCUACGCUUGAACAUUGACAACUUUGAUAUUCAGGAGUUGUACAGGGCACACGUGCAAUCAGAAUAUGACGAGUUCAUCAGCAGUGGCCUCUAUCUAGUGGUGCUGCUACAUUUCUGUGAGCAGAGGUUCUCAGAUGUCCUUGGAGCAGUCGAUGCAGCUGGGUUAUUCAACCUGGUGAGAACUCUUCAUGAACACAUGGACAAUCUUGAAAUUCCCCGUGGGGAAAGCGACGAGGAGGUUCAGGACAACAGGCCGUCUGUGGACUUUUCUGACCUGGAGGAUGAUCUUUAAGAGGAGUACAAAUAAUGCAAACUUGGUGGUGGGGUAACCAAAAAAAAAACAAUGGCUCAUAUGAUCUGCCAUUUGGUGGCUCACUCAGUUUUUGCACAUGCUUGACAGUGUGAUGUGAAGCGCGACGGCAGUGAGAGAUGCCAAAUGCACAGAACAUUUUCCACUUUGUUGCAGGUGGCUUUCAUAGAUAUGCAAACUUGGAAUUAACUGAUGUACAUGUUGUUGAUGCCCACAUGAUUUCUGUUUUACUGAUGGUGCACUUUAUUCAACCAUAAAUUAAAAAAAUGCAAGUCUUUCUAAUGGUUAUACCACAAGUGCAUUUAAUUGUAAGUGAGAGACGACAAUGGCGAGUGAUUUGGAUGUAAAUUGUGAUGGAAAGACGAUGUUUUUAGCACAGAAUAUUAAAAAGUGGUGGUCAUUCCUCAUCUGUUUUUUUUUUUUUUCUUUCUUUUUUUUUUCUGAAUUUUCCAAGCGGAAAAAGCGACCACUUAACCCCUUGACCCUCAUGUUUCAUAAAUGCUUGUAGAAACUGGUUUCGUGCUUUUAAGUUUGGAAAUAAAGAUUGAUCGACUGAAAA